ACGCGGCACACACACACACACACGCACACGCAGACCUAAAUCACACAGGUCUGACUCUGUGCUCUUUCGGGCACCAACUUGUGGGAUACACAGAAGCCAGGAUACUUUGAGUCAUUUCCAAAGUGUGUGCGUGAAAGAGGAAAGAAAAGAAACAGUUUUGCCUCCACGCUUCAACUUUUCAACUCCACCCUUUCUUCAUGACACAUCCAAGUCUCCAACGCGGCUUUUCAUUUCCACCGCGCGGCACCCCUCGUCAUUAUGGUUUCCCUGUGUUUAUGUUUCCGGCGGUCACGCACGACAGCAGGCUCCUGCUCGUAGCUGCUGGCCUGCAUCGUUUCAGCGCAACCACGUGCAAAGGCACACGUACAUACUCUCUGUUCAACAGGAAAUUACAAAACCUUCCCUUCCCCACCGUCUCGCUACAGAAAUGUUUUUAUUUGUCUUUCGAAAGCCGCUAACUGACGGAGUGACGCUGCCAGUGAUUUAUUUGGCACGGAGCGUGUGCCACCGCCCCGACACAACCUGCUCAAGAUAAUGUGGUGGAAUUUCCUCCCGAUAAAUUUCCCUGCAACAGACAGAUGGAUUUUUCUAAAGACCAACCGUUACCAGAAUAACGGGGCCCCAGGAGGGACCGGUCUUCUGGGAGAGCGUGGUCACGUGGGAAAGAUGGGGCCAAUAGGAGACAGAGGUGAGAAAGGUGUUACGGGCUGGACUGGACCAUCUGGAAUACAAGGAAAACCUGGUACAACCUGUGACUGUGGGAGGUACCGGAAGGUGGUGGGACAGCUGGACAUCAACAUCGGACGACUGCAAAACGCUCUCAAAUUUAUAAAGAACGUGCUCUUGGGCCUGAGGGAGACGGCGGAGCGCUACUACCUGCUGGUGACAGAGUCCCGGGCCUUCGAGGAGGCCCUGGUCAGCUGUCGGCUCAGGGGCGGGGCGCUGGCCAUGCCCAAGACCAGGGACGCCAACCGCCUGCUGGCCGACUACGUCAGCGGCUCGGGCCUCACCGCCGUGUUCAUCGGCCUGCAGGCCCGGAGCGCGAACGGCACCAGGACCCAGGAGGAGUACGUCUUCGCGGACUCCAGCCCUCUGGGGGGCUUCGCCGCCUGGGGCCCAGGCCAAGGGCCCCCCAGCGGCACCAACAACUCCAGCUGCGUGGAGUUGCUCAACACCGGCAGCUGGGGCCCCGCGGCCUGCCACCUCACCAUGUUCUACAUCUGUGAGUUCCCCAAGACCAGGAGAAGGGUUGGCGCUGCUGGUUGAGGAGGCGGAGGUGGAGGUAGUGGUGGUGCUGGUGGUAGUGCUGUUGUUGGUGGUAGUGGUGGUGCUGUUGCUGGUGGUAGUGGUGGUGGUAGAGUUGCUGGUGGAGGAGGUGGUGUUGCUGGUGGAGGAGGGGGUGGUGGUGCCACGCAAGGUUGAUAGGAGGAGUGGACUGAUGAGUGGAGAUGCCAAAGGGGGCUCCUCCUUUGGAAUCCAAGAUGGCCGUCUAACUGUAGACACGCCAACUGGGAUUUGUUUGUUGCUCCAUUUUCCCUCUCUUUUUUCUCGAUGUGAUGUUUACACUGCAACUGACCCCACAAGCUCGACAUUUUAAAAGCCAUGGACAAAUUAACCCUUUCAUGGAUUGUUCUCAUACUCUGUUAUUAUUUUCAUGAAAAUAAAGGUAAAAAAAUGUG